AAAAUUCCAUUUAACCUCAAUCUCGCACUAACACAACUGCACAUGGAUUAGUCAAUGGACAGCAAGGAUUUCGAUAUACCGGGAAUCCAGAGUGCUAAUGUUAAACGUGCUUUAUCUAAUAUAGAUCUGUAAUUGUAAUUUUAUUAAAUACGAUAUCCUGGCAAUUUACACCUUACAUCAGGACUCUCAACCACUUUGGCAAAUAAAGACAAUGUAGCCGUAGAAAAUCGAAACCUACUCGAAUGCGAAUUUUGAAUCAAAAAACACAGGACAAUCAGUGAUUGUUUUUUGUAAGCUGUAAUGGAUCUAAACAAAGCUAGCAUGAGCUUUUAUAGUUAAAGCUGACUCAGAGAUAUUUUAUUGAUAUGGAAAAGUCCUUUCUAGAGACAAAGAGUACUGAUACCAAAGAUGAUGAUUUCGAUUACUUCAGAAAACACUUUGCAUUUGAAUAUCGUUUCUGGAUGUGGCAAUGAAUACGAACAAAGCGACGACGUGCAAAACGAGAAUCAGUCAAACAGUCUACAGGAAAACAUUCUUACCUUAACCACUGAUACCUCACGUCAACAUGAAUGCAAGCUUUGCGGCAAACGAUUCCUCCACAAAAAGAAUCUUGACGAACAUGAUUGUGUACAUCGUGGUUUUCGCUGUGAUGUCUGUGGCAAGGCAUUCACUAGGAGUAACAGCCUAUUGUUGCAUCAGCGUUCACACACGGGUGAGCGACCGUUCAAGUGCACUACGUGCGGCAAAGAUUUUGCCAGGAAAACUUUCCUAUCCGAACAUAUGCUCAUUCAUACGGGUGAACGGCCACACAAGUGCGUCAUGUGCGACAAAGAUUUUAUCCAAAAAUAUACCCUCACGAAACAUAUGCGGAUUCAUACGGAUGACCAUCUACACAAGUGUGAUGUGUGUGGCAAAGGAUUCAAUUACCUUAAUGAUUUAAAGGAGCACAAGUACGUCCAUACCGGUGAGCGGCCGUACAAGUGCACCACGUGCGGUAAAGACUUUGCCAGAAGGUUUAGCCUGUCGCAACAUAAGCGCCUUCAUACGGGUGAACGGCCGCACAAGUGCAUAACGUGUGGCAAAGAUUUUGCUUUGAAACAUUUCCUCGUCGAACAUAUGCGCCUUCAUACGGAUAACUAUCGAUACCAGUGUGAUGUGUGUGGUAGAGGAUUAAAUAGCGUUAAUCAAUUAAAGGAGCAUAAGUACAUCCAUACCGGCGAGCGGCCGUACAAGUGCACCACGUGCGGCAAAAAUUUUGGUAUAAAAGGUAACCUCACCAGACAUAUGCGCAUCCAUAGGGAUGAAUUACAUUUUAUUGAUAUGGAAAAGUCCUUUCUAGAGACAAAGGGUACUGAUACCAAAGAGGAUAAUUUCGAUUACUCGAAUACAAAUCAUGGUUCAGAAAACGAACAAAGCGACGAUGUGCAAAACGAGAAUCAGUCAAACAGUCUACAGGAAAACAUUCUUACCUUAACCACUGAUACCUCACGUCAACAUGAAUGCAAGCUUUGCGGCAAACGAUUCCUCCACAAAAAGAAUCUUGACGAACAUGAUUGUGUACAUCGUGGUGAACGACGUUUUCGCUGUGAUGUCUGUGGCAAGGCAUUCACUAGGAGUAACAGCCUAUUGUUGCAUCAGCGUUCACACACGGGUGAGCGACCGUUCAAGUGCACUACGUGCGGCAAAGAGUUUGCCAGGAAAAGUUUCCUAUCCGAACAUAUGCUCAUUCAUACGGGUGAACGGCCACACAAGUGCGUCAUGUGCGACAAAGAUUUUAUCCAAAAAUAUGCCCUCACGAAACAUAUGCGCACUCAUACGGAUAACUAUCGAUACCAGUGUGAUGUAUGUGGUAGAGGAUUGAAUAGCGUUAAUCAAUUGAAGGAGCAUAAGUACAUCCAUACCGGCGAGCGGCCGUACAAGUGUACCACGUGCGGCAAAAAAUUUGGUAUAAAAGGUAAUCUCACCAGACAUGUGCGCAUUCAUACGGAUGAACUGUGAUGUUUAUCACAAAAUUUUUAAUUCCGAAACUCACUAGAAGGAGCACAUGAAGACCGUCAUGCCGUUGAACGUACACGUACACCGCAUGCGACAAAGAUUUAACAUAAAUCAAGUCACAGAAAUGUGAACAUGCGUCUACAUACCGAUGAGAUGAGUACAAGUGCACCAAGUCCGGCCCACAGUUUAUAAAGAACAGUAGCGCAAAGACUGAAGCAAAUCUAUUUAUCAACCUCCGUAAAAUGAGAGAACAUUUAUCACUUUUUCCAAAGUUUUUCGAAUAAUUAUUUUCAAUUCAAGUAGAAGUAACUGCUUGCAUUUUUCAAACAAGUACUGGUACCCAUAGAUUGUAAAUGUUCAAAUUGUCGAGUUUUUUCGUUUUACUAUAAAAAUAAAAUUACCUUGUUGUAAAUUUUCAUUCGUUGUUUUUGGGGUAACUUUGAUCAGCAAAAUAUGUGUACACGCCACCGAAAAACUACCUCAAAAUUGAGUACUUUUGGCUCAAUCUCGUGGUAUCGUGCAGGAAGGUAAAUUUAGGUAAACCGUGUUGAAGGUAGUUUCCAUUUAACUACGGCAAAAUCAUAACUCAACCUUGAGUUUAAAUUUAAGUUGAAUUUACCUAAUUUUGAGUGUACCCCAAACAAUUCAAAAGUACCUUACUGCAGAACUCGACUGAGUCGAAUCUCACGUUACUGAAAAAGUCAUUUCAUCAAACUUACCCCGGUGAUCAAAGAUACCCCGUUUUUGGCACUCAAAAAUUCUAAUAUCGCCUGAGAAGUAUUGUUAUUAUGUUGCCAAAAUUAUGGUGAACUUUAGUAGGAAGAAUAAAUUGCAUUGAUAUAAUAUUGUUAUUUGAAAACAACACUAAUUUUUAAACACUGAAAUAGCUCUUGCUACUGUUAAUCUCCCACAGACAGUGGGAAAAUAAAAUUCAGGAAGCAUCUAAUUUUUUUCUAAAGAUAUUUAUGUAUUAUCAGGCAAUCCAUGAGACUUUUCUGGUCAGCUAAUUAUUUCUUGUUUAUUUCUUCUGACGUUACUCCGAUGGGCGCGAUCGUCGUUUAGAUCCAACAUCAAACGAAUCAAACUAAGAUGUUUGGCGGACGGCUUUUUCUGUUCGCAGGAGUAAAGACACUGAAUCCCUCUAGAUAAAGACUCGCCAUCCCUAUCUUAUUAUUAAUCUGUAAGUGCCAUUCAUAGCUCUGGUCCUCACAAGUCCCUACCUCAUGCUUCCCCGGGUCAUAUGAUUACAACGACCGCCAGCUAAGAGUUGUGUUCUUAGCUGGUAGUGCAGCCUGGGCACUGUUGUCCUUCUGACUUCAGCUAGAUUGAGGAGGUACGUCCCGAGCGUCUGUUCACCAAGGAGGUGCGGCUCAAACAGCGUCUGUUCUGGCAUUACAACGACCGCCAGCUAAGAGUUGUGUUCUUAGCUGGUAGUGCAGCCUGGGCACUGUUGUCCUUCUGACUUCAGCUAGAUUGAGGAGGUACGUCCCGAGCGUCUGUUCACCAAGGAGGUGCGGCUCAAACAGCGUCUGUUCUGGCAUCCAGCGGCUGAGUAUGAAAUGCUGUAUCGCGUCAGCUAUACCUGAGGUGGCAGCCCCACCAGCGCGAUGUAGGUAGCGCGACCCCGGUAAGGUAGUCUACCGAACCCUCCCACUUACCACGAAAAGUGAAGAAGAAAAGAAAAACGAACGAUACUUUCGGCAACCGACCCGGCUACGAAAUAAGGACAAUGAAGGAAAUUGCGGCAAAAAGGCACAACGUGGAGUCGGUUUCAUAGUGAUCGGCAAGCAGAUGAAGCGUGUUAUAAGGUGGAAACCGGUUAGCGAGCGAAUCUGUGUAUUGAGGGUACGGGGCAAGUUCUUCAACUACAGCUUGAUCAACAUCUAUGCACCGACAAACGAUAAACCCGAUGACGUGAAGGACGCGUUUUACGAGUGUCUCGACAAAACCUACGGAUAGUGCCCAAAGCAUGACGUGAAAAUUGUUAUCGGGGACGUCAACGCUCAGGUCGGUAAAGAGGACUUUGCCGUCCAAUCAUUGGUAAGGAGAGCCUUCACUCUGCAACCAAUGACAACGGCCUGAGACUAGUGACCUUCGUUGCAGCUAGAGGGAUGGCCAUCAGCAGCACUUACUUUGCACACAAAGACAUCAGUAUGCACACCUGGAUGCACCUGAAUGGCGAAACUUGCCAUCAAAUAGACCAUGUCCUGGUAGACGGCCGACACUUCUCGGAUGUUAUAGAUGUGAGGACCUUCAGAGGACCAAACAUCGACUCUGAACACUAUCUCGUUGUCAGUAAGAUUCGAGCACGGUUAUCAACCGCAGCGAACUCAAGAAUUCAGCGACCGUUGCGUUUCAAUAUCCAGCGCUUCCCAGCAGAAGGUGUGACGGACGAGUACCGCCAGAAGCUUGAUGAGCGGAUAAGGGGAAUCAACGUAGACCACAACUUCAACAAUCUGUGGGAGUUAAUCCACGGAGCGGUGAGCACAGCAGCGCGAGAAGUAAUAGGUACUGCUCAGAGACGAUCCAGAAACGGUUGGUUCGAUGAGGAGUACCAGAGAGUGACGGGUGAGAAAAAUGCUGCCAGAAGCCGGAUGUUAGUGUCUGGUACCCGGCAGAACACAGAGCGGUACAAGGAAGCAAGAGGAACCGAUAAAGGAAUUCACCGCAGAAAGAAAAAGCAGUAUAAGGAGAACGUCAUUACUGAGGCGCAAAACAGUAUGGAACAAAAUGAUAUGCGGAAAUUUUAUGAAACUGUCAAUGGCGUACGGAGAAAAACAGCGCCGUCUCCCGUCAUGUGCAAUGACCGUGAAGGUAACUUGCUGACAGAUAAAACUAUGGUAGCAGCCAGGUGGAGAGAGCACUUCGAGACAUUGUUAAAUGGAGAGAAUGUUAGCGCGUCAACGAACAGAAUAAGGAUAAGGGACGAUGGACAAGCUGUGGAGCCUCCGACGCUAGAAGAGGUGAACAAGAUAAUCAAAGAGCUGAAAAACUGUAAGGCUGCUGGAAAGGACGAGCUCCCGGCCGAACUUUUCAAACAUGGUAAUGAGCAGCUGCACGAAAUAGUUCACCGUACUCUUUUGAAGGUAUGAGAAGAAGAAGUGGUGACUGGCUAGAGGGCCUCAUUUGUCCCUUAUACAAAAAGGGACACAAACUGGAGUGCGCCAAUUAUCGAGGAAUAUCGCUCCUCAAUUUGGCGUACAAAAUUAUGUCACGUAUUCCGUUCGACAGAUUGAGGCCGUUGGAGGAGUCUUUCGUCGGCGAAUACCAAGGUGGUUUUCGAUCAACAACGGAUCAAAUGUUUACCCUGCGACAGAUCCUAGAUAAAUUCCGGGAAUAAUCCUUGCAGACACACCAUCUGUUUAUUGAUUUCAAAGUGGCGCACGAUUCAGUGAACAGAAACUAGUUAUGGCAGAUAAUGGUAGAACAUGAUUUUCCGACGAAACUGAUUAGGCUGAUUCGUGCAACGCUGGAUGGAUCGAAAUCAAGUGUUCGGGUUGCGGAUGAGACUUCGACGUCCUUCGUAACCUUAGACGGAUUGAAGCAGGGUGAUGCGCUGUCAAACUUGCUGUUCAACAUUGCUCGUGAUGGUGCCAUCAGGAGAGCAGGCGUGCAAAGAUAUAACCAUUUCCCAGAAAUUUUUGGUAAUAUGAGAAAAGCGCCCAUAUUGCUUUGAAUUGAGAAAAAUCUUGAUGAAAAUCAAUAACCUUAUUCAGAAUGUUAGCCAUUUUGCUCCCCUCUACUGCUGUUCACCUGUUCACAGGUUUUCUAAAUAACAGUCUUGUUAAGAAAGAGCGCAGCGGUAAAAAUGAACGUGAACUUGAUGAGCAGCCAAAUUGUGCCAAAUAUCUCACUUAUUAGAACAUAGAAAUUGAUGAAAAAGGGAGUAAAUGGUGGUACAUUUAUAUACUGAUAUUGCCCGAUCAUUUUAAAUAUUCCACGGUAAAAUAUGCCCCAAAUGACGUAGAAUAUUUACAUCACUGCCCAUAAUGUUUGGAAGCCUAUUUCUGCUAUAAUAUGAUACAACGCUUUUGAAAUCAUCAGAGGGAGAUGAAUCGUUAUGCUGAACAAUAUAUAUUCUUUUUGUCUAUGUUACCGACAGUCAAAGCGGCUUCGAGAUUAUGCUGUCGAUGUAGCCAUGGUAACUGAAGGGGAUCCAGUUAGUUAUGAUGAAGCGGUUAAUGGUUCGGAAAAAUAUCCUUAAUGGGUUUUCGUUCUCACAUGAUAUGAAUGUUUUAUGAAAAUUACCUUUAGUACGUCUCGAACUGAGGUACCUUGCCUUGUCCUUCACGGUAAGUGCGCUGCGUUUGCUCCCUGGACUAUAUUGCAUUUGUCCGAUUGAAAUGAAAUAUGCCGAAUAUAAUCUUCAAGAAGAGUUUAAAUAACGAAUAAACCCACAGCAUUACAAUAGCAUAAUAUCGGCUUUUUAUUUGCUCUUUAAUAGCACUAAAUGCACUUGUAAAGCUUACAUGCUUUAAAGAUCCUUGAAUCAUGAACGCGUUAUACAAGCUUUAUAUACGCAUAUAGAGCAAGCGAUAAUGCUAUAUGUCGCCUGCGCAGUUAUGCAUUAUUGAUGCUAAUAUAGAACUUUAUUGCAUUGUUAAUGCUGUAAUAGAGUUUCAAUGCAACAUUAGUGCAAAUGUAUAGCCAAUAUAGUGCAAUGGCUUAAUGCUUAUGGUUACUUGGGUAAACCAUUGUUGGAUAAUUAACUGUAUAAGUGUUUAGUUGGUGUAUUGUUAUACGUUGCUGUGAAUAUUCGUCCGGAUGUCUGGAAGAUUUCAGAAAGGCCUGACAACCAUUUUUGAGGACAAUGUUAGCUGCAUUGAGUUCAUGUCUAUUGAUCGCUGUUCUAGACGUUCCAAGCAUAUCGACACUCGGAUGUUCUACGCUAAAGAUCUGUCAGAAAAAGGUUUAAUAUGUGUGCGGUACUAUUCGUCAGAAGAAAUGGUUGCUGAUAUCCUAAUCAAGCCCCUUGGAUACAUAAAGCAAAAACAGUUCGCAGCACUGAUAGGUUUAGUCAGUAGCCAGUGAAGAUAUCGAGGAGCAGUGUGGGAAGUGCGCUACCUUUCCACUCGUCGGUAAACCGCAAAACGAGAGUAAACAUCGAACAGAGAGAUCAUACCCAGUUAAACUUAGAAAAACUCUAGAAAGAGAAUUGCGGAGACUCCAUUUUGGAUCGAUUGGAUUCGCGUUUAGCUGUCAAAAAACGAAUCCAAUCGAACAUUGCCUAUCCUUAUAACAUUGGACGUGUUGCCAUACAAUGCCGGGGCAUACGUUGCCAAAAAUGCUGUUUUUCUCUCCGCAGUUCUCUUACUAGAGUUUUUCUAGUUAAACUCAUUCCGGAACCGGUUCGGAUUUCUGAAUGGAGUUAUUAUGGAUUCCAAAUCAAAUGCAACAACCGACUCCGACUCAGAAUCGGUUGUUGCAUUUGAUUUGGAAUCCAUACUGACUCUAUUCAGGAUUCCGAAUCAAAUUCCGAAUGGUUUGACCGGGUAGCAGAGAGCCUGUAUACAGUUGACAAUAAAGGUACUAAAAUACAUUCGCUCGUUAGUCAUCAUUCGUCGCGAUAUCAGGGUUCUACGUGUCGUGCUGCGUCCGCUGCAUAGUUUGUUCGUCGGGCUGUUUUCCGGCCCUCAGAUUCGUCUAUACACAUUGAAAUUUGAUAAUCCAAACCCACCAAAACUUCAGCGGCAAAAUAAACUACGCUAUGUUUCACCCUAAGUAGGAAAAUUUGGUAAAACCACAAUUUCUCACCGACACUAACUUAUUGUCGGAAUAGAUUAGCACUGGCUUGACGCAAAUCUCCUUAAACUAAAACACACUUUGUGUUUCAAUCGAACGACUGAUCAAACGUGAUGUCCCGUUCGAGCAGAAGUUCUGUUUAAGGAGAUUUGCGUCAAGCCGGUGCUAAUCUAUUCCGACAAUAAGUUAGUGUCGGUUUCUGAUGAGGCGAAGCCGAAACGCAACUAAGUAUGAAAUAAGGACUGUACAAAGACUGGUUUUUACCAACAAAUUUUCACCCUAGUGAGAAAUUUUGGUUUUUACCAAAUUUUUCUCCUUACACUCAAAAAAUAAAUCACUUUGAUUUCAUGUGAAUAUUCACGUAAAUGAAUUGUUACCAUCUUUCAACAUACAUUACAUGAUUCCUAUAGAUGACAUUUGACAACCUCGUAGAAACUAUUUGAUUCACACAUAACCUUUAAGUGAUACGACAUUGGUCGUUGAAACGCACUUCACGUGAAUUUCCUGUGUGAAAAAAAGACGACAUCCGCCGAUUUCAUUAAAUAAAGUAUCGCAAAUCUGUUGAGUUUUUGUUAUAAGUAUUGCUUAAGCAUUGUAUGACCUGCGAAGAUCAUGUUGAUUUCUUUAAUUUCGAAAAAUCCCUAGCCGAAAUAAGCACGACGACAUAAGGUAAACCAAACUCGUCAUCCUCGUUUUAUCCUAGGAAUACGUACCAAAUACCAUAAUUUUCGCAUAACAAAUCGGACAAAUGCGCAACUUAUACAAUUCUUUGCUCUGUUAUUUGUUCCCUCAGUGUCAUUGUUUUUUAAUCAAUUUAAGUCCUUUUCAAAAAUGAGCACUAGCUUUCGAACCGCUGAUGUGAUUGUCAUUGGGAAGCAACGUUGGAGUUUAGGAUCAUCCGAGUGUAAAAAGGAAACCAAGACAGUGACCACUCUAAUACAAGAAUCGAUGGAUGUUUAUUUAAAUCUCGGUCAACAGACGUCAACAGCUAGAUUUGUAUCAUUGUAUCCGAAUUACACAGAACGAAGCAGGAAUAUGAUUCGGGCGAUCGUCCAACCAUGCCUUAUGAAGGUCCAUCAUACAGGGAAAUUUCCCUGGCUCACCUUAUUCCCCGGGGAAGAGGAAUAGCUAAAGUAUGAUGGUUCACACGUCAUUGAAGUUUUUGUCCCUAUUAUCCUUUGCAUGGAGAAGGUAGUGUGUGCCUAUUCGAUCUAGUACACGCCAGUGGAUCUAACCUACUAAGGCUUCCUGGUAAGGUUCCGAAGUCGGUCCGGCGAUUUCGGGUGGAGCGUUGCGUCCAGUUAUCUGGCACCUCGACGACCCGCAACUGGCGAGCACCAUAAUACACCGUCUUGACAUUGAAGAUCCAUGAUUCAUUGCACAGAAAGGUAAAAAACUGGCUGGGAAUGCAUUGUAUCCGCAACAAUAAUCUGCUUGACGGUGAUGUUUGUGAUGAGAACAUUGUCAUAUUUCUACCGCGGCAAAAAUCAUUCAAUUUAUUCGUAGAUACUGUAGAGAAUAUUAUUACACUCGGAAAGAUUAAUUGUCAAAUAUGUAUAAUGAAAAAUUAAUAGGAAAUUAUAUACUUUAUUUAUAAGCAU